UCCUCGACCAGCAGUCCAGGCGGCCCCGGAGUAAGCGGCGUCCCUCAGCGCGCCUGCGCCCUGCGACUCCCCGGGGGGCAACGGCCGUCGCGCGCAGAUGGAGUCCGCGGUGGAGGAGUUGAUGCCCCGGCUCCUGCCUGUGGGGGACUGUGACCUCGCGGAGGAUUUCGACCCCACCAUGCCCCCGCGGACGCCCUCGGAGUAUUUAAAGCGGGUCCAGAUUGAAGCAGCACGAUGCCCAGAUGUUGUUGUGGCACAGAUAGACCCUAGAAAGUUGAGAAAGAAGCAGACAGUGAAUAUUUCACUUACAGGAUGCCAUCCUGCCCCUGAGGGAUAUUCUCCAACUCUCAAAUGGCAGCAGCAGCAAGUGUCUCAUUUUUCAGCAGUUCGUCAGAGUUUGAAUAAACACCGAAAUCAUUGGAAGGCACAACAUUUGGACAGCAAUGUUACAAUGCCAAAAUCUGAGGAUGAAGAAGGCUGGAAACUGUUUUGUCUGGGUGAAAAGUUAUAUUCGGAAGCAGCUAUUGCAGUGUCUGGUAAUGAAAACCUAGGAAUUGAUUACAUUAAGUUGCAGUUUGUCUCCUGUGCAGAACAGUCUCCGGGGAACUCUUAUAUGUUAUUCCCUAAGCCUUUUAAGAGUGUGCUUACUAGUAGUGGUAGCAGCAAAGCUGAAGCCACGGAGGCAUCAGGCAUGGGUCUGUACACAGAGGAAGGAGUUCGGGUGAGCAUGUCUGUAUGCAGAGAGAUCGGUUUUCCCCCUUUUUUAAGUAUUGUUAGCAGAAUGAAUCAGGCAACAGUAACUAGCGUCCUGGAAUAUCUGAUAAACUGGUUUGGAGAGAAAGAGUUUACUCCAGAACUGGGCAGAUGGCUUUAUGCUUUGUUGGCAUGUCUUGAAAAGCCUUUGUUGCCUGAAGCCCACUCCCUAAUUCGGCAGUUGGCAAGACGAUGUUCUGAAGUCAGAGUACUAGAGGAGAACAAGAAUGAAGAGAAAGUGUCUGCUCUGAAUUUGCUAAUCUGUUUAGUUAGCAGGUAUUUUGAUCAACGUGAUCUGGCUGACGAGCCCUCCUGAUCCCAGAUCGGGGACAUUAAAUGUCUCACGUCACUAUAAAACCAACACCAGCAUCAGUGUUAAACAGCCAGGUGCAAUGCAGCUCAAAAUGUACCACCUUAGUAGUGAGCUUGAAUGGUGUUGAGCAAAAGACUGCUGGUCUCACUGAAUAAUCCAUGACCUGAAAAGGGUCAGCAGCGAAGUGCCUACCCACUCUCUAUAAGCCUGUUUCUCUGCAAAAACAAGUGAUAUUUAAAGCAGUAAGCAAAUUGAGUUGUUGUGAGCACCCAAGGGUAGUUAAUCCUGAAAAAUUACUUCUGGAGAGUAAGCCUUUUUGUUGAAAUUGAAUUACUCAUGUGAAUAAAGAUUUGCAAGACUGGGCCCCAAGCUUUUUACACAUGAAAGCUCGACGCAGUGAGAAACCUUUUUCAUGAACCCAUCUAAAGAAUCAGAUAUUAAAUGGUUUUGUAAAAGUUUACAAUAAAAUUUUCAAAACUG